GUUUUUUUUCCCUCUCUUCUAGCGACGCAGCGGACCUCUGCUUUUGCUAGACUUCUCUAAUCAAGGUCUCCUGCUUCUCCGACUGCAUCUGCCACCAUGGUUCUCCAGAACGAUAUUGACUUGUUGAAUCCUCCGGCGGAGAUUGAAAAGAGGAAGCACAAGCUCAAGCGUCUUGUUCAGUCUCCAAAUUCUUUCUUCAUGGAUGUCAAAUGCCAGGGUUGCUUUAGCAUAACAACUGUUUUCAGCCACUCUCAAACUGUUGUGGUGUGUGGGAACUGCCAAACAGUUCUGUGCCAACCUACAGGUGGGCGAGCUAGACUGACUGAGGGAUGUUCUUUCAGGAGAAAAGGGGACUAAGUGAUCCCAUAGUUAAUUUUUAUGGAAGAGUUCCUAACGUUGGUGCCUUGAGAUGGUUUUUUCUUUGUUAUAUCGGAAGUUAAUUUUGGCACUGCUUUUUAGUUUCUUUGUAUUGUAGUGGAUUUGGUGAGAGUUUAUAUAUGCUUUUGGGAUUGGAUCAUGUAAUUUCAUUAUCAACAAGACGCAUUGUCAUUUUUGCUUGAUAGAUGAAAACCUAAUGCCCCGUUUACCUUUUA